CCAACAAAUCAGAAAAACCGGUCGACUUCUCAAUUUCCCAAUCGGAAGAACAGCGAGAAAACACAGAGCAGAAGCUUCUAUGGAUUCCUCCAUAACACUACGGUGGUAGCUUCGCAACAAACAAUUUUCGAAACAAUAAUAUAAAAAUUAAAAACAUUUCCACCAUUUCAGAGGGUUUGCGAAUUUCGAAUCCAUGGCACGAGCUCGCAAUUUAGUUGUUGCUGCUGGUUUAGUUGCUUUUGCUUCAGCAGGCAUGGCUUUUCCUUUCUACAUGGCUUCGUCAAAGAAACCGGUUAUUGAUCCAACAAAACCGCUUUCACCACAAGCUACUUUUCGAGGACCUUAUAUAAACACGGGUUCGCGCGAUGUUGGUCCUGAUCAUGAGACUUACCAAAAGAAAUGAACGUAGUUGAGAGUUUGUUUGGCCCCAAUUGAGAUUAAGUUCAUGUUAUAUGAUUAGUAUAACUAAUUUGAAUUGAGAAUUUGUUUUCUUUAAUGAUUUUUGUAAAAUUAGUUUCAUAAUGUAUGCCAUUUUGAAUAGGGUAUAGGUAGUUCAUAGUUCAUCAAUCUGUAUGGUUUAUGUUACUCUCAGUGAUUUUUUAAUAAAAAGAUGAAUGUUGUUAGUUAA